AUGGUGAAGGACGCAAAACGACAGCUCAAGCUGCCAGGACAGCAACUCUUUAUCCUGUCCAUCUGUCGCUUCGCUGAGCCCGUGGCAAUGACUUCGGUUUAUCCCUAUAUCCCAGAGAUGAUUCAGUCAUUUCAUGUCCCCCACGACAAGGUUGCCAAAUGGGCCGGUCUCAUGUCUGCCACCUUUUCUCUCUCACAAUGCCUGACAGGCAUUGCUUGGGGACGGGCCUCAGAUCGCUUUGGCAGGAAACCAAUCAUUCUUACUGCUCUUACCUGCACCAUGAUAUUCAGCGUCAUGUUUGGCUUCUCCACAAACCUCGUCUGGGCCUUCAUCUUCCGCUCCUUGCAGGGCCUUUCUAACGGCAAUGUUGGAAUCAUCAGAACCGCCGUCGCUGAGCUCGUCCCGGAGAAAGAACUCCAGCCUCGUGCCUUCAGUAUCAUGCCUCUGGUCUGGAACAUUGGCUCUAUCUUCGGGCCCUCCUUUGGUGGUACUCUUGUCCAUCCCGCUGAGAGGUAUCCUCAAGUCUUUGGGAAGUGGCAACUACUGAAAGACUACCCAUUUGCUCUUCCCAACCUGCUGAUCAGUCUUUUGUUUCUGGUGGGCAUCGCUUCGGGUUUCUUAUUCCUACACGAGACUCUGGAAGAGAAAAAGUCUAGAAAGGACUACGGUAGAGUCCUAGGACGGCUCCUCACUAGGCCAUGCACAAGACGACCAAGACCAAGGGCGUAUUCCACCGAGGAGAGCGAGCCGUUUCUCGACGGCACCACCAGUGAACUGUCGAGCCCAAUCACCCCCCGACCUGCCGCCCCUCUCAAGAAAAAGGCAGGCUGGAGUGAAGUCUUCUCCCGUCAGUCCAACAUCAAUUUGGUUGUCUAUACCUUCUUGGCCAUGCACUCGGUGGCUUACGACCAGCUUUUGCCUAUCUUCAUGCACUAUCCUGUUCAGAGUCGACACGACAAAGACGUCAAACUCCCCCUCCGGUUUGCCGGCGGUUUCGGCAUCAACUCGAACCAGAUUGGUUUUCUCUUCACCAUCUAUGGCAUCUCUGGCAUGCUCAUCCAGUUCUUUGUCUUUCCUCCAUUCGCCCGCCGUUUUGGUGUCUUGAAUUGCCUCAAGGCAUGUUCUCUGGCCUUUCCAUUCAUCUACGUCGCAACCCCCUUUACUGCCCUUUUAUCAACAAACCAAUCCAGGCAGGUCGUCAUGAUGGCAUUGAUGCUCGUCAAGGGCUUCUGCGGUAUCUUCGCCUUUCCCUGUUCAACCAUUCUGUUAACAAAUAGUGCCACCACCUUGAGCAUCUUGGGAACAUUGAACGGCGUCGCAACUAGUAUAUCUGCCAUUGGCAGGGCGGCUGGUCCAGCUUUAGCCGGCGCUACUUUCACAGCUGGCGUGGAUAUUGGCUAUGUCGUCAUCUCAUGGUGGACUUUGGCCUCUGUGGCAGUCAUUGGUGCAGUGCCCGUGUUUGCAUUAGUCGAGAUGGAGGGCUUUGGGAGUAACAAAACCGACGACGAUAGCGAGAUUGAUGACGAUGACGACGAUGAAGAAGAAGAAGAAGACAUCAACGAUGACAAUGACGACUCUUUUCAAGACAGAAGGGAACACUCUGCUAAAGCGUCGGCCACGAACAUGUUUCCUGACACCUCCUACUCCAGGGUAGCCCCUUCCCGGCCUCCACCUUCGAUAGAGGACGUGUUUGAAGAAGACGAACAAGACAGUCAUCUUCCCGGAUCAAGCCAGCUAUCACCCACAAUGUCAAGAGGGUCGCAACAUCGUCCGACUGCUCGACGACAAACAUCGCACAAGAAUCUCCAACGCAUAGCCAGCCCCAUUGGUUUAGGGCCUGGCGUCAUCCCCUCUGGGUCAAGGAGGUACAGCAGUGAUCUUGGGGCGACAAGAAGUGGGUUUGGUGUGGGAGGAAGUUCUUUUAGUUGA